GGCAUAAUAGCAACCAGCUCUCGCACCAUAUUUCCGUCGCCGUCCCUUUCGUACGCCGGCGCCGGCGCCGGAUGGCUGAUGAAAAACGCUAAGAGUGUAGAUAGAUACUACUCAUUGGAAUCUCACUAGUGUUGGCGAAGGAUAAAGAGAUUAGUAGAAUCGAUGGCAACCGGCGGCGUCGCAAUCAUUUCGCCGUUGUCGUUCCUCUACUACGCCGGCGGUUGUGCAGGGAACAGAACUCCUUCAUUCCAAAUGGUUGUCUCCAAGAAUUCAUGCCGGAGGAUUCAAGCACUUAAGAUCACAUGUGACCAUUAUUGUUUCGAAGUAAUGAAAGUAAAUUAUCAACCCCCUGGAACCAAGAUAAACCUUUUACAUGAAGUGAGUUUAUCUCUUCCAGAGAAAAGCUUUGGCUUGAUUUAUGGACGCAGUGGAAGUGGGAAAACUACUCUUUUGCAGCUCUUGGCAGGGUUGGCAAAACCAACAUCAGGAUCCAUUCAUCUUCAACGAUAUAAUGAUGAUGGGUUUCCAAAUGAGCCUCCCAAACCAUUAUCUCCUCAAAGUGUUGGUAUUGUUUUCCAAUUUCCUGAGAGGUACUUUCUUGGUGACAGAGUUCUUGAUGAAGCUACAUUUGGAUGGCCUAGGACAAAGGGUGGACCUCAAUUGAAAGAACUUCUUGCUUCAAGACUACAUCGGGCUUUUUCCUCGGUUGGUCUGCAUGGAAUCUCUUUGGACAAGGAUCCUCAUUCACUGAGCAGUGGCUACAAACGGCGACUGGCCCUAGCUAUUCAAUUAGUUCAAUUUCCAGAUUUAUUGAUAUUGGAUGAACCUCUUGCUGGUCUUGAUUGGAAAGCACGGGCAGAUGUUGUGAAACUAUUGGAGCAAUUAAAAAAAGACUUGAGUUUACUCGUUGUCAGCCAUGACCUUAAGGAAUUAGCCCCUCUAGUGGAUCAUUCUUGGAAGAUGGAAAUGGGAGGGGUACUUAAAAAAGCGAAUCUACCUGUUUGCUAGUGAACUCCUUACUACUACUAAUCCAAUUUAUAUGAGUGAGGUACAUGAACUGGUAACUUAGCCAUCUAUAUAUUUUUUUUUUGUUACGGAUGAUUCUUGAGAGUUGGGUCAAAAUUUGAAAUGUAUUCUUCCAACUAUAUGGAAAAUGGUAACAAAAUCAUCUAACCAUAAAUUUCAAAGAUUUUUCAUGGUUAGGGAAAAGAGGUGGUAAUAUUAUUUUCUAGAGGAAGACAAACAGACCA